GGGCUGAUCGACUACGAGCAGCUGGAGGUGACGGCGCGGCUCUUCCGUCCCCGCCUGCUCAUCGCGGGCACCAGCGCCUACGCCCGGCUCAUCGACUACGCCCGCAUGAGGAAGGUGUGCGACGAGGUCAAGGCGUACCUGCUGGCGGACAUGGCCCACAUCAGCGGGCUGGUGGCGGCCAAGGCCAUCCCCUCGCCCUUCGAACACGCCGACGUCGUCACCAGCACCACCCACAAGACCCUGCGCGGCGCCAGGGCGGGACUGAUCUUCUACCGCAAGGGCGUGCGCUCCGUGGAUAAGAAGACGGGGAAGGAGACGCUCUACGACCUGGAGGACAGGAUCAACUUCUCCGUGUUCCCCUCCCUGCAGGGGGGCCCCCACAACCACGCCAUCGCCGCCGUGGCCGUGGCUCUCAAACAGGCCAACUCCCCGGCCUUCAGGGAGUACUGCCAGCAGGUCCUGAGGAACGCCAAGGCCAUGGCACAGGCGCUGCUGCAGCGCGGGUACACCCUGGUGUCAGGGGGCACCGACAACCACCUGGUGCUGGUGGACCUGCGGCCCAAGGGCAUCGACGGGGCGCGGGCGGAGCGGGUGCUGGAGCUCGUGUCCAUCACCGCCAACAAGAACACGUGCCCGGGGGACAAGAGUGCCCUGACCCCGGGGGGGCUGCGCCUGGGUGCCCCCGCGCUGACCUCCCGCCACUUCCGCGAGGAGGAUUUCCAGAAGGUCGUGGAGUUCAUUGAUGAGGGCAUCGUGCUGGCCCUGGACGUCAAGAGCAAAACCAGUAAGCUCCAGGACUUCAAGACCUUCCUGCUGCAGGACCCCGAGACGCAGCGGCGCCUGGGCGAGCUCCGCCAGCGCGUCGAGACCUUCGCUCGUGCCUUCCCCAUGCCCGGCUUCAGCGACCACUGAGGGGGGGGCUCCCCUCCUGCCGGGCUGGGGCCACCGGGGGGGGGGAAGAGGGGAGGCUGAAACCCCCCCUCUGCCCUUCCCCACUCCCCUUCCUCCCCCUUUAGCACCUUUGGGCACUCCCUCCCCGGGGCAGGGGACGGUGCCCGCCCAUCCUGCUCUCAGUGUUAGGGUGCAGAGACCCCCCAGACCCUGACUGGGGGGGGGGCACCGCUUCUUCCAGCCUCGUCUUGCACUUUUCUAUGGGGGGGGUUGCUAAUAAAAGUGGGGGCAGAGCCUG